GAGGGGUAGGGAGGGAAACCAUAGGUGUGCGUGGGAGGGGAAACAAGCUGAGUGUGCGUCUCAUCUAAUAGAGCCUAGGAGCGUAUUAUCUUCCCCGUCAUCUCCGUCUGGGCGGUCGGUGCUGCGCCGUGCCUUUCCGGGAAACCAUCAGUAGAAGGUGCGUUGAUGCGAGAGGAUUUUCUUGGCCGCCGAGUCUAAUUGGUGCGAUCCAUGUCCCAGUUGAGUGUCUGAAACCUAUUCGUAGCGAGGGAGAGGUGAGAGUUGGGACGAGAUUCUCGCAGAGAUCCGCAAGCAGGACUGUUUGGAAAUGAAGGAAUUAUAAACGGGGCAUAAACAGGAGGGACGCACGCCAGCAGGUUAAAGUUUUGUUUUGCAGAAGUGGGUGUUUUCCGUGAUGGAAUGACACUUGGAGAGAGGAUGAUGGACACUUUGGCACCAGAGGUCCUGCUCAGAAAUCCUCCUGUUUACGCCCGGCGCGGUGCUGACCGAGCACUCAGGACGGUGAUCAGUCAUUUGUUUUGAAGUGGCAGGAAAAUCCUCUUGAUCGUUUUCUCCCCCCCCCCCACUUCGGUCGCCAAACAAGAGUGCGAGAUGGUGCGCGCAGCGAUUCCUCAGAGCCUGACGUGCGUACUCAUCACAUUCCCGUUAAGGAGCGCAUCUUAAAGAGCUUCUUUCUUCACUCAUGUUCAUUCUGCCGCUCUGAACUUGUUGAACGGCGUUAAAGAGCAGGGGGACAGGGAGAACCCCGUACAAGAAAUCACCAGAUCGCCACGCAGGAACAGGACCAUGAUUGACAGCCGGGCGAGCUGAGGAGACCUGUCACUCAUCUUCCUAUCAGCGUGUCAGAGGGCUAUCUCCUUCUCGCCUUCCCCCUCUUCGUCCUCCUUCUCCUCCACCACCAUCCUCUUCCCUCCCUCAAUCCUCUCCUCUUAUCUUCUCAAUGGGCUGGUAACCUCACCAUCCCUCCUAAAAACCUCACCACUCCAGAAACCUGAAAGAGACAGAUAUAGUAAAGAAAAACAACAACAACAACUCUUCUAAAAAGACUGUCGCUCCACCUGAGGGAAGUUUGGCAUGCCUCCUCACUCCAGUUGAGUGAAUUGUAGUAAGUGGAAGUAGAAGAGGGAUCCCUUGUUAUUACACCUUCAGAAGGAGAUACAGCUCUGGGAGAAGGAGCCGAGAGAGGACCAGUCAUGCGUUUCCAUUUUGCGUUGACGCUGCAGGCGCUGUGGACCAGUGUUUGCCAGGCGGCCAUGCAGCACUACCCUGCAGCGUGGGGCCACUACGAUGUGUGUAAGUCCCAGAUUUUCUCAGACGAAGGCUUAACCUGGGACUACAUGGCCUGCCAGCCAGAGGCAGCAGACAUGACCCAAUACCUGAAGGUAACUCUGGAUCCCCCCAACAUCACCUGUGGAGACCCUCCGGAGACAUACUGUGCCCUGGAGAACCCCUAUAUGUGUAAUAAUGAAUGUGACGCCACCACAGAGGAACUCGCCCACCCUCCGGAGCUUAUGUUUGACAUCGAGGGCCGUAACCCCACAACCUUCUGGCAGUCCACAUCUUGGAAGAAAUACCCAAAGGCCCUCCUGGUCAACAUCACGCUAUCUUGGAACAAGACCAUUGAGCUGACCGAUGACAUCGUCCUUACUUUUGAGUCUGGCCGGCCCGAGCAGAUGGUCCUGGAAAAGUCGUUGGAUUAUGGAAGAACCUGGCAGCCGUACCAGUUCUAUGCCACUGACUGCCUAGACGCCUUCACCAUGGAGCCCAAGACGGUGCAGGACCUGACUCAGCAUACCCUGCUAGACAUCAUCUGCACUGAGGACUACUCACGAGGUUAUGUGUGGAAGUAUGAUAAAACAGUGCGCUUUGAGAUCAAGGACCGCUUUGCGCUGUUUGCUGGGCCCCGGCUCCACAACAUGGCUUCGCUUUAUGGCCAACUGGACACUACCAAGAACCUGCGGGACUUCUUUACCAUCACAGACCUGAGAAUCCGUCUGCUCCGGCCCGCUACAGGAGCUACCAUGGUGGACGAGAAUAACCUGUCCAGAUACUUCUAUGCCAUUUCUGACAUCAAAGUCCAGGGCAGGUGCAAGUGCAACCUUCACGCCAACAGCUGUGUAUAUGACAAAGAGAAGUUGAGCUGCGAGUGUGAACACAACACAACUGGGCCUGACUGCGGCCGCUGUAAGAAGAAUUACCAGGGCCGAGCAUGGAGCGCUGGCUCCUACCUGCCCAUCCCAAAGGGCACAGCCAAUAUCUGUAUUCCUAAUAACAUUGGUCCAGUUAUUCGGCCGAAUGUGUCAUCGCUAGGUGUCGCUAACCGAAAAGAAGUAGCUCCUCAGGUUGCAUUGUCCACUGCCCCUUCUGUCCACGUUGCAAACAGCAAGCGAGACUGUGAAUGCUUCGGCCACUCCAACCGAUGCAGCUACAUCGAGCUGCUAAACACCGUCAUUUGCGUGAGCUGUAAGCACAACACUAGGGGCCAGCACUGCCAGCUAUGCAAGCUGGGCUACUACCGCAAUACCUCAGCAGAACUGGACGAUGAAAAUGUGUGCAUAGAGUGUAAUUGUAAUCCCUUUGGCUCAGUCAGUGAUCGCUGUAAUGGCACAGGAUUUUGUAUAUGUAAGGAGGGCACUACAGGGCCUAAGUGUCAGCAGUGUCUACCCGGCUAUUUGUGGGACGAUGGCUGCAAAUCCCGGGUGUGUGACAACGAGCUCCUGCGCUGCCAAAAUGGCGGAGUGUGUGUCAACAACGUCCGCUGCAGCUGUCCCUCAGACUACUCAGGCCUGCUGUGUGAGAAGCCCCGCUGCGAGUCGGAGCUGGGGGGCUGCGGGGGCCCCAAUUCGGGCCAGGCCCCACUGACGCCUCCAUCAACCCCCAGGCUGCUGCUGCUGCUGCUGCUGCUGGGCUCGGCACUGCGGAGAGACGCCUCCUACUGGCCCGCUGUGCUCUGAAGAGACCCAUGACCUUUAACCUUCCCAUCCCACCUUUCAAAUAAUCAACAACCAUUAAACAAGAACAACCAUGAGCUUUCUGGACUGUACUGUAACGAGCUUCUCCGCCGCCAGACUCAAUGGACACUCGCGCUGACAAUAAAGGGAAUGUGACAGACACAUGAGUGCAAAAAAAACUUUUCAUUUAAUUUCAAAGAAUAUAUAGAAAUGAAAAUAAAAGAUAUACUUCUAAAAAUGCCAGAUAUUAUAAGAAAAAGAGCAUUUGCCUAAUAAGAAUAAAAUGUGCAAAGAACAAUGAGCCCCCCCUCCCUUUCUAAGCCAUACCAGGUACUUGAGCUCCUUCCAGUUUGAGAAGGGAUAACUGAGGAUGACAGACUCGUUCACGUCCUCUCUUAUUGCCACGGCAACAACAGCUGCAGACCAAUCAGCUCUUGAACGAGCCGGCAGUGGCCGCCGAUACACCCCCCCCACUCCCCACCCCAUACCCCCCCCCCACGCGGGACGCUUCUGCGAUUUAAUGUUGGCUGGACUGAUGCCGAGGAAAUCUCAAAGAAACUGUCCCCACUGAAUGGCUGACUGACUGGCCUCCAAAACAUAACCGUUUUACUUCAAUACAACGACAGACAUAAAGCGGAGAACACACAGGGAGCAUUCUUUGCUGUCAGUGCAUUGUGGAUAGAAGGAAAUCCGCCCGGACUGCCACUUUGUGACACGAAAAACCUCGUCCAUGUCGACCCCUCUCUAGCAUCUGUCUCUCCUUUCGAGCUCUAUCUCAUUCUCCCUCCUGUUCAUCCUCCCUUCCUCUCCUUUCCUCCGAUCGCCAAUUCCCCCCCCCCCCCCUGCCAUGCUGCCACAGACCUGUGCUUUCGUGAACGUUACUCUGUAAACCUUUGUUGGUUGAAAGAUUCUUUUGUCCGAUGUUAGUGAUGCACAUGUGUAAGAAGCCCCUUCCCCUCCCCCUCCUUUCCUCUCUUGCAAAAAGAAACUCCAAUGAAGCUGUCUGAUUCUUUUUCUAUCUAUAGAGCCACCACGCUCCCUUACGAUCAUGGUCCGAGGAUAGUUUUCACCUGAGCAGACGAGAAGUGCAUAACAAAACAUCGGUGUAUUUGCAAAUUCUUUUCUCGACAGAGCAAAAAAAAAAAAAAAAAAAAAAAAGAGUCAUGUAGUCCUUUUGUAUCUUUGCCGAACUGUGGUUGAAAAAAGACAACCUUUAAUGUACCUAUUUAAAACAUCCAAAUGCAGAAGCAAUUGUUUAUGGGUUUUCUUUUUUUUUAUUUCCAUUUCUUUCAUUCACCUAUUUUAUUUGUUAAUAUUACUUUGAGUUGUGCGGUUGAUUUUCCUUUGUAUUGGCAACGUGCUGGCAUCAAAGAAUAUCAGUUUACAUAUACAGUAUUAAUAAAGUGUAAUAAAAUCCCACCAAAGGACAUUAUAAAUGUUUUGUUCUUGCUUUAACACUUGAGAAUUUAAGUGAAUAAAAGUUGAAACAACUAAA